ACCAGUUCACUACCAACAGAGUUGCACAACAGUUCAGCAGCAAAGUAAAAAUUAAUAUUUUUUAAUUAAACUGCUUUAAGAAUGCUGCGAGCGGGAUGCCAACUACUGACGCAGUCCGCCCUGCCCGCCGGCAAAACGGGCGCCAAUAGCUUCGCCUUGGAAUUUGUCCGCUGGAGGAGGAAGCCGCGUUGGCUGCCGGUGGCCAAGAGCAAAAUGUUCCGCGUGCCCGAGCGCAAGAAGCAGUCCGAGGAGGAGCGAACGGAGCUCAUGAGGCUACACAACCAGUACAAAACUCAACUCCGCUCAGUGCGACAAUUCCUAAGGGAAGAAGUAAUUCAUCAUGAGGAGACCUCCACCGCAGACCACAUCGUGCUUACUGUCGAGCAGGAGGAGGCCGAAUUCCAGAAGUGCCUGGAAGCGAAUGCCGCUUGGAACGCAGCUAUUGCCAAGGAACGUGACCAGCGACUAGCCAAAGAGCGAGAAGAAAAGGUGGCUUAUGUGCAGGAGCGAUUGGAGGCACGACAGGUGCGCGAGGAGGAGCGCAGAGAGCAGGCUCAGCAGAGGGUUCUGCUCGAGAUUGAGCGGUCCAAGACGUACAUUACCAGAGAGAACUUGGACGCAGCCAUCGAGACCGCCUUGGCCAAUCCCGUGGACCACAACUUUGCCAUUGACCUGGCCGGAAAUCUUUACCCGGGGCGAAGCACUUCUCAGCUUCCUGAUGUCAGUCCUGAACCCAACCAGCAAGUCUUGAGUAAUUAAUUGAUUGUCUUAGUUUGUUGUUACAUUAAAAGUGCUUUUUUAGCUGAAA